CUCCAGAGUUCCGUGCACUUCAACGUUAGGCGGCAGCCGCGGGAACUACAACUCCCAUGAUGCCGCGCAUGGCCGACUGCUCCUAUCAACAUGGCUUCUGUCAGUCGCACAAAGGCGAACCCUUUCUGUUGGAAAAAUGCGGUGUGAUUGAGGAGAGGGAGUGAGAGAGAGAGAGAGAGCCGGGGUGGGGGUUUCGGAGAAUGUCUGCCGCGUGUUCGGACACGGGGCACCCGAGGAAACCCUUGCAGUAGGAGCGAUCUGUUAUCAAUCCAUUUAAAUGGUGUGGUGGACGGAGGCCCAGCACUUCCAGAAGAAGAAUGUCUCAUUACACGGAGGAGCCUCGCUUCACCAUCGAGCAGAUCGAUCUGCUGCAGCGGCUGCGCAGGAGUGGCAUGACCAAGCGGGAGAUCCUGCAUGCACUGGACACGCUGGACCGGCUGGAGCGCGAGCAUGUGCAAAAAUUUGGCCACCGUCACUCCUAUGGAGGAGGAGGCGGAGGAGGUGAAGGAGUAACAGGAUCCGGGCCAGGAGGUGCCUCAGCCCAGUCCAAUAACAGUCAUGGGAGCUCCAGCACCACUGGAGCCUCCAGUCACGCUCCAGCCUCAUCCUCAACCGCCUCUGUAUCCACGCAGACUGUUUUCCCCGGCAACACUCUUUCCCCGCUGUCUAACAAUUAUGACACCUCCCCACCCCCCACAGUCACUAUGCCAAUGUCCUUGAUGGCGCCGCCGGCUCAGAAUGGACGGGACAGUUUGGUGCCCAUAAGCAACGGAACGCUCUCCCCGCCCCAGUACCCUGUUAGCACCGCCCCGGUGAGGCCUUUUGGAUUUGAACCCGUGGAGGAGGAGGUGGACAUUGAUGACAAGGUGGAGGAGCUGAUGAGAAAGGACAGUAACAUCAUUAAAGAGGAAAUCAAGGCCUUCUUAGGGAGCCGGCGGAUUUCACAGGCUGUUGUUGCCCAAGUUACAGGUAUCAGUCAGAGCCGGAUCUCGCACUGGCUCCUGCAGCAGGGUUCAGACCUGAGUGAGCAGAAGAAGAGAGCGUUCUACCGCUGGUACCAGCUGGAGAAGACCACGCCCGGUGCUACUCUGGCAAUGCGGCCUGCUCCGGUGGCCCUAGAGGAGAUUGUGGAGUGGCAUCAGACAGCUCCCCCCAUCAACUGCAGCCCAGGCAGCUUCCGUCUGCGCCGUGGUAGCCGUUUCACCUGGAGGAAAGAGUGCCUCGCUGUGAUGGAGAGCUACUUUAAUGAUAAUCAGUACCCUGAUGAGGCUAAGAGGGAGGAAAUAGCCAAUGCCUGCAAUGCAGUUAUACAGAAACCAGGAAAGAAGCUUUCUGAUCUAGAACGGGUCACGUCUCUAAAAGUGUACAACUGGUUUGCUAAUCGGAGGAAGGAGAUAAAGAGAAGAGCCAAUAUAGAAGCAGCAAUCCUGGAGAGCCAUGGGAUUGAUGUGCAGAGCCCAGGGGGACAGUCCAACAGCGACGAGAUUGAUGGCAACGACUACAGUGAGCCAGCGGCUGAGCAGGGGUUAGGGCCGAGAGCAGUGGCCAGAGGCUUUGGUUUCAGCAGAGGGGACCUGUCCUCCCCCGUUCAGGUGCCCACUCUGCUUCCCGGCUGGUUGGCUGCCUGGCCGGGCCUGGGUCUGGGUCUGGGUCUGGGCCCAGGCAGGGCGGGGCCUCCCAGAGGGGCGGGGCCGGGCCGUCAGGGCAGUGGGGCGGGGCAGCAGGCGGAGAGCUCCAGACUGACUGCUGUCUCCUGGUCUCCCUCCUCCCCCCAGGAUGAUGGCACGGGCCCCAGCGAGCACCAGGACCCCAUCACCCUGGCUGUGGAGAUGGCGGCGGUCAACCACACCAUCCUGGCGCUGGCCCAGCAAGGAAGGGGCAGCAACGACAUCAAGGCAGAGGUGCUCGAUGACGACUGAGGACCCCUUCAAACACACACGCAUAUGCAUACACACUCACAGUACUGCGCACAAGCCGUAGGCCAUCUGAGAGUAUUAUCAUAAAGGCUAUUUAUCUGGGCAGUGAGUAUUUCUUUGUAGGCAGCAAUGUGGGGACUGUGGGCCGAUGCUGAUAUCCAGUACUUUUCAUGUACAUAUCUGCUGACACGUAAACAUUUAUAAAAAGUAGAAAACGGGACUGCGUCUGUCUGGAUUAGCAUUACAGAGAAAUGUAAUAUCUUUGUUUAUUAGGGUUAGCAAUACAGGAAAAUGAAUAAAAUACAGAUGGUUUAGCAUUUUAGGAGCCCAGCAUCACCUAAACAGUCUGCUCUUCCAGAGUACAGUAAAUACCUCAUCAAAUAUUGAAACAUCAGUAAAUUCUAAACAUCUGUCUGAUGCUGAUCUUUUUUUUUUAGCAGUUGUCUGCCGAUGCCAGUAUGAUUACAAUAUUAUCAAGCAUCCCUAUUUAUUGCUCUGCUAAAGGCUAUCAAUAAACAUACAUUCAGUAAAUUUGAUUUUAUUCCUGUCAGCGUAUCAACCAUUUCCAGUCCUCUCCUCAAAUAAGCUCAGUAUUUGCAGAAUCUUUUCAAUACCUCAACUAAGCAGUGCUUCAUUAAGUUAUGUUUCAUUAAGAUAAAUCAGGUGUCCCGAUGGUGGGAUUAAACAAAUCCAGGCUUUCAGUAAUUUUAAGAAAUUCUUGUUACGUUUUAGUCUAUUAAUGCUUAUUUGUAUUUAUUCUAAUAGUAUAUAUGUUUUUACAUGCAAAACAAAUGUAAUGUCCAGAUAAAUAGCUUUAAACAGUGUCCUUGGCUGGCCUAAGACUUGUACACAAUAUGGUACUACAUACUUUUCUGUACACUGUAUCUGCCAAAGGGGGAGAUGGGGUCAGGGUGGGGGCAGCGAGUCAAGUAAGCUUUGUGUUAUUGAAGAGAGAUAAGAGUGGAAAUGCUGUGAUACGGCUGUGUGCGGGGCUUUGCCACUGAUAGCCAAAGCUAGUGCAGAAGUUUAGAGACAGAAACCCCACAUGACCCCCACCUACUUCCCUCCUACAACUGCCACCUCAGUACCAUAAUAUUCAUAUGGUGCCCCACCAAAAGUCCUCAGUUACAAUAUAUGCUCCAUGAAUAAAGUCAGAUAAACAGAAGCUUAAAGCUUUAACAGAAGAAAUGAAUAACUCGACUAAAUGUUGUUAACAGUAAAUGGAAGGUAGUGGCUAUUAGCGUGACAUCAUUUACGCUGAUUGCUGGUUUCUUUCAUUCACUCUUAGCAACGUUCAUGUUUUUGGCUAACUGUUCUAUAUGAGAGAACAUCCUCACAGCCGGCAAGGAAACAUUUUCCUCUCAGUUUCAGUUUCGAUUUCUCGAGAGUGAUAUGAUCCCUCUCCCUGCUCUACCUGUGGCAGUACAAGGCUGUUCCCUCUAUGGCAGUGUUCCUCAAGUCUCCUCCGAGUCUGUGGAUUGGUUUAUUUCCUCGCUCUGACACACGUAGUGAAACAGAGUUGGGUCAAGUGUGUUAGAGCAGGGAGACCAUUAAAGGGCCCAUAUUGUGCAAGAUCAUUGGAAAGGGUUCAAAACGUAGUGUUCUGUGUUUGAUGGUUUUACGAUGCUGAAACACUGUAGUCCAGAAAAUAGACGGAUUAUGUUUGUGGAGGUAUCACCAGAUGUACUACAGCUGUAUGCAAAUGUUUGAACGCCCCAAACAAAUGAUGUUUCAUUGAUUUUUUUUUUUUGAAACACGUCCUGUACAGGGAAGUGAUUUGGCAUUUUUAAUUUUUCUGCAAUUUUUAGAGCACAAUUUCUGUCCAUUUAUUGAGUUUAAAAUAUUUUAAAAAGCAUACAGUAUAACUUUUGCACAAAUAGUCCAAUAUAUUCAAUAUUACUAUAUAUA